CUACCCAUCUGGUACCACCUCGGGGCCACCCCCCGCCUCCGUCGAUUAAAUAAUACGGCCCUCAGUGACUGCCUGAGACUAGCCCACGGCGUCCGCAAGCUCACCGACUUGACUGAACUACUGGCCGGACACGACCCGGGUAUUGACCCAAGAGAAGAGCCAUGCCCGUGCCACUUAUGUGAGGAAGCGUCCAUGAACGGCUGUCGAGACCCGAGCGCCUGCAUAGCCGCUGGGAGGCGCAUCCUAAGUACAGUCAGACCCAAGUGGCAUCCAAGCUUCACUGCCCCACUAGAUGGCCUGUCGCUGUCAAGACGAAGGACCGAGCUGAACGACGCCGCCCUAUUAGCCGAAGACUGUGUGACCUUCGACCCGUCGGUAACAGCACGAGGGACUGUCACAGAGGCCUUCCGGACUUUCGUAGACCCCGAGGUACAUAACGCCCCACCAGCAAUACGACGCCGCCCAGGACAGCAAGUGCAAGAAGAGGCAUCCACGGUGGUCAUCCUAGGUACGAGGGACGUCCCGGUGCCACGCGGAACAAGACGUCCGACAAACCGACAUGCGGGCUUCGUCUUCUUCGGAGAGAACGACCCGCGCAACUCCGUAGUCACUCAAGUGCAGUCCGAAGCAAACUCGGGCGACGCACUUGGAGGAGUUAUGGCCGCACUACAUGCCGUCAAAACACUGCCAGGAGAUGCGCCGCUACAUCUCGUGACC